GAUGCUGGGCCGGGCGGCGCGCGGGACCGGGCGGCUCCUGCUGCAGAGCUCCCGGUGGCCGGGGCCCGGGCCAUGGCUGGCCCCAGCCCCAAAGCGAUGCUCCUCCAGUCUGCCCAGGAACACCAUGGUGCUCUUCGUGCCCCAGCAGGAGGCCUGGGUGGUGGAGCGAAUGGGCAGAUUUCACCGCAUCCUGGAGCCCGGUUUGAAUUUCCUCAUCCCACUGCUGGAUCGGAUCCGCUACGUACAGAGCCUCAAGGAAAUCGUCAUCAAUGUCCCGGAGCAGUCGGCUGUCACUCUGGAUAACGUCACCCUGCAGAUAGAUGGCGUCCUGUACCUGCGGAUCAUGGACCCCUAUAAGGCCAGUUAUGGGGUGGAGGACCCCGAGUACGCCGUGACCCAGCUGGCCCAGACCACCAUGAGGUCCGAGCUGGGCAAAAUCUCCCUGGACAAAGUCUUCCGGGAGCGGGAGUCCCUCAAUGCCUGCAUCGUGGAUGCCAUCAACCAGGCCUCGGACUGUUGGGGCAUCCGGUGCCUGCGCUACGAGAUCAAGGACAUCCACGUGCCUCCCCGGGUGAAGGAGUCCAUGCAGAUGCAGGUGGAGGCAGAGAGACGGAAACGGGCGACAGUGCUGGAGUCAGAGGGGACCAGGGAAUCUGAGAUCAACGUAGCAGAGGGGCGGAAGCAGGCCCAGAUCCUGGCCUCCGAGGCCGAGAAGGCCGAACAGAUCAACAAAGCUGCUGGGGAGGCCAAUGCCAUGCUGGCCAAGGCCAAGGCCAAGGCAGAAGCUAUUCGGCUCCUGGCUGACGCUUUGACGCAGCAGAACGGCAACGCAGCUGCCUCCCUCGCUGUGGCGGAGCAGUAUGUGAGCGCCUUCUCCAAGCUGGCCAAGGACUCCAACACCAUCCUGCUGCCCUCCAACACUGGGGACGUCACCAGCAUGGUCACGCAGGCCCUGGGCAUCUACGGCGCCCUGACCAAACCACAAGCUGCCAAGAGCCCGGAAGUGACCCCACCAGCCCUCGAGGUCCCCAAGUGCCCCCUCACAGAGCUGCCUGAGGCGGAUCAGCUGAAUUCCAGCUAGCAGAGGAGCCCGGAAGACCUGGAUCACUGUGAACAAACUGCUGUGGCAGCACCUGCCAUGGAGCGUGGCACCCCCGCUCCUGCCAUGGGGGGAACCUUGCAGGACGCCUGCCGGGGGGGGUCACGCCCUGCAACUCUCCCCGAUCAGACUCUCUCCGCCCUCUUUUUGGUUCUUAUUUUUAUUUGGAUUUAAUCAUGUAAUAAAGGAGGUGGCACCGGA